UAGAAGUUUCUGCAUGAUCAGAAGAGUGAAGAACUUCCUCCUGAAGGUUUGAGAGGGGAGGGAGCUCAGAGUCAUGCCCAGCCCAGAGUGUCACUGUCACAACAGCCAAAGGAGGAGAGGACAGAGUGGAACAAGAAUGGCAGAAAAUGUCCUUUAUGCUGACCUGAACUUGCCUGAACCAACCAGACCCAGAAUCCUGACACUCCCUGAUCUCCAAGGUAAAAGCCAUUGUUGCAGAACACGAGCUGCUGCUCUGGUUGCUGUCCUGGCUGUGAUCACCCUCCUGGUGGUCAUAGCCCUGUAUCUGACACUGAUCACAGCAGGCAGCCAACAGGACUCAACAGCAUUGACUUCCAGCAGCCAAGAGGACUCAACAAAGUUUCCCCCCAGCCAUGAGGAGGCACCAGGAAGAAGUUGUUGUUCCACAACACGAGUUGCUGUCCUGGUCACUGAGAUAAUCGUGCUCCUGCUCCUUGUUGUGUGUCAGAUACUCCCAUGCAAAAGCCAUUGCUCCAGAACACAAGUUGCUGUCCUGGUUGUUGUCCUGGUUCCCAUUGCACUGGCUCUAACCCUGUCUUGGACACUCCCAUAUGGUCCAACUGCAGGCAGCCAAAAUGGCUCAGCAACAUUGUCCUCCACCAAGCAAGAGAAACCAACAACAUCCUCCCACAUCCCUGAAGAGGCAUUAGGCUGCCCUCCAGCAUGGAAAAAACAUGGGAGAAAAUGCUACUUCUUUUCUCCAGAGAGGAAACAAAAGCACUGGGAUGCCUCCCGUGCAGAAUGCUCUGCCAUGGGCUCAGACCUGGUGGUCAUUGACAGCAGGGAGGAGCUGAGGUACCUGCUCUCACAAUCAAGAGAUAAGUACUACUUACUUGGGCUCACAUACUCUCCAGAGGAGCAGCAGAAGUGGAAGUGGAUCAACAAUGUGGAACAUGACCCAGCCAUGUUCAGUAUAAUGGGACGGUACCAAGACUAUCUCUGCACAGUGAUUGGAUUUGGUGAAGUACGAUCUGUACCUUGUGGUGGUGACACAACAACACAAAAUAUGUGUGAAAAAGCUGCCACAAUUUCAUAAAGGCAUCAGCAGGAGAGCUAAAACCAAGAGAUGCAAGCUGAUAUGUUGUUCCCAGCUUCCUGUAGGAACCAUGGAUGGGAUGUGUCUCAUUUCUCUUUAGCUGCCCAGUCUCUGCUCCCAGGCUCUCCUGCAGCCUCUCUCCAGCCUCGGGGCUGAGCUCAGCCCACCCUUUCCCUGAUGCUGUCUGAUGGAUGGAUCCCCUCUGGAAGAGCUGGCACUGGCACACAGGAGGACUCUGGCACUGUCUCAUGCCAGAGGUGGCACUUCCAGGCAGGCACUGCCAGGGGAGUGGAGUCCAGCCUGGGCACACGGGUGAUCUCAAACUGAUCCUGACUCUGCAAGGCACAUCCAUCCACAACCCUGUGUUCCCUGCCCUGCCUGGGCACAAGGAGACCCUUCCCCAGCUGGCCACAGCCUGGCCUUGCCUGCAGCCACAAGGGAAGGGCAGCACAGAUUUCUGGCUGGGAUCCUGUAGGGAAGGGCAACCCCACCCCUUGCCAGUCUCAUGGUCAAGAUAGCACAAAGUCAGGUGUGGGUGUGGAUAAACCUUCCCCUGUCCCAGACUGUUCAAAAGCACACUGGAUCCCAGAGCUUGUGAGUGAAAUUGGAAUCAGCCCAAGACUGUUCAAAGAGCACAUAGGAUCCCAGAGCUUGUGAGGGAAAUUGGAAUCAGCCCAAGGGAAAGGAUCCUAUAGCAGCACAGCUCUGGGCAUAAAAUCAGCCCCAGUCCUGUGUGGGGAAGGGAAGGAAUGUCAUAUUUCAGAUCUGCUGGGGAAGGGCACAGGAAGGAGACCAGCAGAGAGAAGCAAGGCCUGAAGAUCAGAGUUCCAACAGAAGCUAAGCUGGACAGAAAACAGAACAAUGAAAUGCAGAGUGGCCUUUGAAGUGCUGGUGAGAAGCAUGAGACUGACCCACAGGCAAUGGCAUCACCAUGCUCUGUCCUCUUUUCUUUGGAGAUUGAUCACAGGAAGAAAUGAUGCCUGAAGGCUUUUCCUGCUCAGAAAUGUUCAAGCCAACAGCAGAAACAGGUGGCAGCAGGAAAACAGCUGUGAUCAGGAAAGAGGGAAUCUCACCAAAGCUCUGCCCAUGUUCUUCCGUGGCUCUUGGGACCCUGGGCCUUGUGUGACUCCAGGAAUAUUUCUUCUUGCUGUGUCCUUUAGGCAGAAUCAUUCCUCCUUUACUGGUGCCUUUCAUGGCUCUCUCCUUCAGCUGCAGGGUGGAGAAAGCUCUGUGAAGUCUGUGAAGAAGUGACACUCAUAGCCGGGUUUACCACUGGAAAAAAAUUGUUCAAUCAAAAAAUCUAUACGCUGCAUGCUGUGGCCAUUGGAAGGAAAAAUGGAAUCCUACAGGAAAAACUGUCUCUUUCUAAACUGAAAGCACAUUUUCAUGUCCCUCACACCAGCCAUCCUCCUCAUUGACUGCUUGCAUCCAGAUCCUUUGGAAAUGUACUUGCAGUUCUUUCCCUGACUUUCCACCCUCAGAGGACAGAGUAUGAACAUGGAGCUGUAGCAGAACAAUUCCAAUGUCAGACCCCAGGAUCUGUACUGUUAUUCCAGAAGGAAACUGAGCUGGAGGGGCUCUUUCCUUUGCACUCAUUUCACUGGAGAGGAUGAGAGAGCAAUCUAUGUUGUGUUAUAGAUUUCUGUCUUCUAUUUUCAUAUUCCAGCUGCUGUGAUCCCUUGGAUCAAGGGGGCUCUCCUGAAGGCAGGGCCAGGGAAAAGCCUCUUCCCUGGGAGCCACUGGCCCUCAGUUGGAGCCUUCAGCAGGCAGCACAGCCAGCAGCUUAUGCACCAGAGGGGUGGGAAGGGGAAGCCACCCUGGGGCCACUGUGGAACUGCAGAAACCCCAUCAAACCCAGAAAGCCACAGGAAGUCUCAGGACUCAGGAGCAGCUACAGCUUGCAAGGAAAUCCCUACCAAGGGCAGAAGUUUGACUGAAAGUGCUUUGUUUCCUUUGCCUCUGUCUUGUUCUUGUUCACAAUUCUCUGAUCUUGUGAGCUAACUUUUACAAUAAACUUCCACUUCACA